ACAACAGCCCCCAACUCUCUGAAAGAGCCUUGAGAGAAGUAGAAAUCCAAAUCCUUUCCUUAAGCUUCACGCCUCCAUCAAAGCCAUAAAAACACUCUGCCUGCCCACUCUCACUCCGUUUCUCUGCCUUCUAUGCAUUUAAACCCUCAGUUCUAAUCCAUUUUCCCACACUUUCUCGGGAAAACCCAGCCAACAAGCUCCCAGUUAAUUUCUCUGCCGGCCACCUCCAUUUCUUCCCUUCCAUUUCCUCGCUUCUCCGAAAUGGGUUUUUGUAAAGCGCAAGUGGCGGGUAAUCAUCCGAAAUGGGUGGACGGACCCAUCAUCGUCGGAGCCGGACCGUCCGGCCUCGCCGUCUCGGCUUGCCUGAAAAACAAUGGCGUUCCCUCUUUAGUCUUAGAAAGGAGCGACUGUUUGGCCUCUCUAUGGCAAGAGAAAACCUACGACCGCCUCAAGCUCCACCUCCCCAGAAAAUUCUGCGAGCUUCCAUUGCUUGGUUUCCCCGAAAAUUUCCCCAAGUACCCAACCAAGCACCAGUUCAUAUCCUACCUCGAGGCAUAUGCCCAACACUUCUCCAUCCAUCCCCUCUACAGACAAGCGGUGGAGAGGGCUGAGUUCGAUCAAAGCGUUGGGCUUUGGAGAGUGAAAACCCAGGAUUCCGAGUACGUUUCCCGGUGGCUGGUUGUCGCCUCCGGCGAGAACGCCGAGCCGGUUGUACCAGAGAUUCCGGGGAUUGAGAAUUUUGAGGGGCCAGUGGUGCAUACGAGCUUGUACAAGUCUGGUUUUGGGUUCAGAAACCAGAGGGUUUUGGUUGUGGGAUGUGGAAACUCCGGCAUGGAGGUCAGUUUGGACCUCUGUAGGCACAGUGCCAACCCCCAUAUGGUGGUCAGAAACACUGUACAUAUCCUGCCAAGGGAGAUGUUUGGCUUCUCAACCUUUGGCAUAGCCAUGGCCCUUCUCACAUGGCUACCCCUAAGGCUGGUAGACAAGUUCCUAGUCACGGUGGCCAAUUUCACUCUGGGAAAGACAGACAGCUUCGGCCUCCGGCGGCCAAAAACCGGCCCGAUCGAGCUAAAAAACGCCACCGGAAAAGCCCCUGUCCUCGACGUCGGGGCACUGUCCCAAAUCAAAUCAGGCAAAAUUAAGGUGAUGGGAAGUGUGAGAGAGAUAACAAGAAAUGGGGCCAAGUUCGUGGAUGGACAAGAAAAGGAGUUCGAUUCUAUAAUUUUGGCAACUGGGUACCGGAGCAAUGUGCCUUUUUGGCUCAAGGGAAGCAGCUUCUUUACAGAGAAAGGGAUGCCAAAAACGCCAUUCCCAAGCAGUUGGAAAGGAGAAGAGGGGCUGUAUGCAGUUGGGUUUACAAGAAGAGGGCUUCUUGGCACUGCUUCAGACUCGCUCAACAUUGCCAAAGACAUUGCCAGCCAGUGGAGGAGUUUGGCAUCCCAAAUUACCCUUCAACGAUGAAGUCAUUAGCUAGGGAGAGAAGAAGGGAUACACAUUGGGAGGAUUAGUAGACGGGUGUUUAUGGUAAUUUCACAGGGUUGGUGUAUAUGGGCUUUGUUUUUGUUUGUUAUUUUAAUUCUUUACUAAAAAUCAAGCAGAAGCUGCAGAACCCCCCACCUUGAUUUCCACCCCCCCAGUUGUAAAUCAACCAAUUUUGCAUGGAUUUCUCCUCAGCCCUUUGUAUUAUAUAGAACUCUUGAAUAUGAAUGCCAUUUGGUGGU